GAUGUUGUAUAGUAUUUUUUGCCGGUGCUAUCGGUUAGUGUCUAUGUAUUUAGCCUUUUAAUUCGCUUCCGCCAUUUUUCAGAAGGGCAGUAGCUUUAGCGGCGGUUUGUUUGGUUGUGAGAUGGCUGCUUCCACGGAUUGAAUUCAAAUAUCUUGGAGGAAAUUUACGUGAUGAAGUCAUGUCUGCCCCAGGCUCCGCAGUGACCGGGACCACUGCGUCGGUUCUGCAGCCGCGAUGGAAACGGGUCCUCGGGUGGUCAGGUCCGGUUCCCCGACCCAGGCAUGGACACAGAGCUGUGGCAAUAAAGGAGCUUAUGGUCGUCUUUGGUGGUGGCAACGAGGGGAUUGUUGAUGAAUUACAUGUGUACAACACCGCAACAAACCAGUGGUUUAUCCCAGCGGUUCGUGGUGAUAUUCCUCCUGGUUGUGCUGCAUAUGGUUUUGUUUGUGAUGGAACUCGGUUGUUGGUGUUUGGUGGGAUGGUGGAGUAUGGAAAGUAUAGCAAUGAUCUCUAUGAACUACAGGCCAGCAGAUGGGAAUGGAAAAAACUGAAAGCAAAAAAUCCCAAAAACGGCCCCCCUCCUUGUCCUCGCCUUGGCCACAGUUUUUCAUUGGUUGGUAACAAAUGCUACUUGUUUGGUGGACUGGCCAAUGAUAGUGAAGACCCAAAAAACAACAUUCCCAGAUACCUGAAUGAUCUGUACACGCUUGAGCUUCGUCCAGGUUCUAGCGUGGUUGGAUGGGAUAUUCCAAUCACAUAUGGAGUUCUGCCUCCUCCCCGUGAGAGUCACACCGCUGUGGUGUACACAGAGAAGACCACCAGGAAAUCCCGUUUGAUAAUCUAUGGAGGGAUGAGUGGAUGUCGUCUUGGAGAUCUGUGGACUCUGGAUAUUGAUACCCUGACUUGGAACAAACCAUCAGUAGGUGGAACAGCACCACUUCCACGGAGUCUUCACUCUGCCACCACAAUCACAAACAAAAUGUAUGUUUUUGGAGGAUGGGUUCCCUUGGUGAUGGAUGAUGUUAAAGUAGCCACGCAUGAAAAAGAGUGGAAAUGUACAAACACGCUGGCCUGCCUAAAUCUGGACACCAUGUGCUGGGAGACGGUGUUGAUGGAUACUCUGGAAGACAACAUACCCAGGGCCCGUGCUGGCCACUGCGCUGUGGCCAUCAACUCCAGGCUGUACGUGUGGAGUGGUCGCGACGGUUAUCGUAAAGCGUGGAACAACCAGGUCUGUUGUAAAGACCUUUGGUACCUUGAAACAGAGCGGCCACAUGCUCCAGCCAGAGUACAGCUCGUCCGUGCCAACACAAACUCUCUGGAAGUGAGCUGGGGGGCCGUUUCCACCGCCGACACGUACUUGCUGCAGCUGCAGAAGUAUGACAUCCCAGCAACCCCAGCAGCAGCCUCACCAGCCACGAGUGCAACCCCAUCACAGCCUGUUAACUCCCCAAAGAGCCCUGUGCCUGCUGCUGCAGCACCUUCUGCUCAGAGUUUACCACACACGGGUAACAAUCAGGACAGCGAGAUCCAAACUCCUCACUUACUUCAGCAUAAAGUCUUGAUGAUGUGUAUUGUGAUUGCAGCUGUUUUAAAGGUUGCAGCUCAGCAGUCUGCCACUGGUGCGUCUGUCGUCACAGUUCGCCCCAGCCAGCCGGGGAAAUCCCCCGUCACCGUGACAUCCCUUCCUCCCGGUGUUCGAAUGGUAGUGCCUACCCAAACCACCCAAGGAUCGCCGAUCGGUAGCAGCCCUCAGAUGAGUGGCAUGGCAGCUUUGGCUGCUGCAGCUGCAGCCACACAGAAGAUCCCGCCCUCAUCUGCAGGAACUGUCCUCAAUGUUCCUCCAGGUGCCACCAUUCUGAAGACGGUUGCUGUUUCUCCAGGCACUACCACAGUCAAAGUGGCUUCUCCAGUAAUGGUCAGUAACCCAGCUACCCGGAUGUUGAAGACUGCUGCAGCCCAGGCGGGCACUGCGACUGCCUCCUCUCCCACCACCACUAGACCCAUCAUUACUGUGCACAAGUCUGGUGCUGUCACAGUAGCUCAGCAGGCCCAGGUGGUCACCACUGUGGUGGGAGGAGUCACCAAAACCAUCACUCUGGUCAAGAGUCCCCUCACCAUGGGUGGCAGUGGCACUCUGAUCUCCAACCUUGGCAAGAUGAUGUCUGUGGUGCAAACCAAGCCAGUGCAGACAUCAGCUGUCACAGGCCAGGCCUCCACUAACCCUCUCACACAGAUCAUACAGACCAAGGGUCCCCUCCCAGCUGGCACCAUUCUGAAGCUGGUGACUUCUGCAGAUGGCAAACCCACAACGAUCAUCACCACAACGCAGGCUGGGGGCACCGGAAACAAGCCCACUAUCCUCAACAUAAGCGGGGUUUCUCCUACUACUACUAAGCAGGGCACCACCAUCAUCAAGACUAUCCCCAUGUCGGCCAUCAUGACUCAGCCAGGAGCCACAGGUGUGACAAGCAGUGGAGGUAUGAAAACACCUAUAACAAUCCUUACCACAAAGGUAAUGACCACUGGAACUCCUGGUAAAAUCAUCACGGCAGUGCCCAAACUCACCACUGCAGCUGGGCAGCAGGGCCUGACGCAGGUGGUGCUAAAGGGUGCUCCUGGACAGCCUGGAACUAUUCUGCGCACGGUGCCCAUGAGCACGGUGGGUGGCGUUCGUCUGGUUACUCCAGUAACCGUGUCAUCUGUUAAACCCACCGUCACCACUCUGGUUGUCAAGGGAACUACUGGAGUCACCACUUUGGGCACAGUCACUGGCACCGUGUCCACCGCCUUGGCUGGAGGCGCUGCCGACAGUUCCAGUGCCUCACUGGUAACGCCUAGCACCACACUGGGAACCAUUGCCACGCUGUCCAGCCAGGUGAUCAACCCAACUGCCAUCACUGUGUCAGCUGCCCAGACCAGCCUGACUUCUACUUCCUCGCUCUCCUCGCCCACUAUGACAGUACAGAACCAGCCCACCCAGGUCACUCUGAUCACAACUCCCAGUGGUGUGGAGGCCCAACCCAUUCAAGACCUCCCUGUUUCCAUUCUGGCUUCACCGACUUCUGAGCAACCCAGCUCCACCGAUGCAGGAGCAGCUGGAGAUGGCUCUGGGACUGUCACCCUGGUCUGCUCCAACCCGCCCUGUGAGACCCACGAGACCGGAACCACCAACACCGCCACCACCUCCUCUGCCACCAUCGGAGCAGGACAGGUGUGCUCCAACCCGCCCUGUGAGACCCACGAGACAGGGACAACAAACACAGCCACCACAGCCUCGUCGAACAUGGGAGGAGUCCAGCAGGUGUGCUCCAACCCGCCCUGUGAGACCCACGUGACCGGCACCACCAACACAGCCACGCAGUCUUCAUCCACCAUGAAUACAGGGGAGACGGGCACCGUGCAGAGCGCUUGCUCCAACCCGCCCUGUGAGACCCAUGAGACAGGGACCACCAACACAGCCACGCAGUCUUCAUCCACCAUGAAUGCAGGGGAGACGAGCACCGUGCAGAGCGUUCCCCCCAAACCGCCCUGUGAAACUCACGAGACGGGGACCACCAACACUACGUCCACAGCCACCUCCAACAUGGGAGGAGAUCAGACCAGCACAGCGUCAGGCCUGGUCCAGAGGGUCUGCUCCAACCCACCCUGUGAAACACACGAGACCGGGACCACCAACACUGCCACCACUGCUACGUGCAGCAUGGAGACUGGCGAAGGAACAGCUGCCCAGCAGACGGAAGAGGAAGCGGAAGGAACCAGCAGCCCAGAGGUAGCUUCCAGUACUGCAGCAGCUGCUCCAGCUGCCACCACCCAAGGCCGGGCCAUCACUACUGUCACCCAGUCCACACCGGUCCCCGGGCCCUCAGUACCUUCGAUUUCAUCCAUCACAGAGGGAGCGAGCGCUGCUGCUAGCUCCACAGAAGAACCCAUGCAAACUGAUGAGGCUGCGUCAGCUGAAGCAGCACCUGCGGAGGAGGCAGCUGCAGCAAUGGAGACACAAGCAGAGGGAGAAGCAGCUGCUGCGACAGCCUUGAACCUGCCCUCAGAGCUGAUGUCUGAGGGUCAGGGAGCCACGCUGAUGGUGACGGGGCUGUCGGAUGAAGAGCUGGCUGUGACCGCUGCAGCCGAGGCCGCCGCUCAGGCAGCAGCCACUGAGGAGGCCCAGGCUCUGGCCAUCCAGGCUGUUCUUCAAGCUGCGCAGCAGGCUGUCAUGAAUGAAGGUGAUGCUGCCGGAGACGGUCAGCAGACCACCAGCAUCCCCAUCAUGCUGACCCAGCAGGAGCUUGCAGCGUUGGUCCAACAGCAGCAGCAGCUGCAGGAGGCCCAGGCUGCUGCCCAGCAGGCCUCGGUGGACACCAGCCUACCUACUGAGGGCCUCGCACCAGCUGACAGCCUCAACGACCCGUCUGUGGAAAGCAACGGACACAACGAAAUAGCAGCCUCCGUUGCAUCCGUGGCGUCCAUCCUUCCACGCACCGCUGCUGAAACUCUGGCGCCUUCAAGUACAUUUGCACCAUCUGGAUCAGUAGCAAGUCCAGCUAAGCUGCAAGCAGCAGCCACACUGGCAGAGGUCGCCAACGGCAUCGAAGGAGAGAAACAAGCCCCUCAGCCGACUCCAGCGAAGCCUGUUGUGAAGAAGGAGAACCAGUGGUUUGAUGUUGGAAUUGUGAAAGUGACAAAUAUGGUUGUGACUCACUUCUAUGUGCCAGCAGAUGAUUCUCAGGGAGAUGAUGACUCUGGCGUCGUGCCCGACUACAGUCAGAUGAAGAAAAUGGAGCUGCAGCCUGGCACAGCUUACAAAUUCCGUGUUGCAGGAAUUAACGCUUGUGGUCGUGGAGCCUUCUCUGAGAUUUCUGCUUUCAAGACUUGCCUACCCGGGUUUCCAGGGGCACCUUGUGCCAUCAAGAUCAGCAAGAGUCCCGAUGGAGCCCACCUGACCUGGGAGCCCCCGUCUGUGACCUCAGGAAAGAUUAUUGAGUACUCUGUGUACCUGGCUAUCCAGAGCAACCAGACGACCGAGGCCAAGGCCUCCACCCCAGCUCAGCUAGCCUUCAUGAGAGUGUAUUGUGGACCCAACCCGUCAUGCUUGGUGCAGUCGUCCAGCCUCUCCAACGCUCACAUCGACUACACCACGAAGCCAGCUAUCAUCUUCCGCAUCGCCGCUCGCAACGAGAAGGGUUACGGCCCUGCCACCCAAGUCCGAUGGCUGCAGGAAUCUGGUAAAGAUGCUGCAUCUGCUAAACUUGCUCCUAAGAGACCGGGCGCCUCACCUGACAUGAAACCUGCUGGUCUAAAGAAAGCAAGGACGGACCAGUGAGGGUCCCCAGAGAUCCCCUCCUAGUCUGUCUUUUUUUUUUUUCCUACUGUCCUUUUUAUCAGGAAGACUGAGCUUCACCCCUCCUCAUCUUAAUCUCACCCUCCACCCCCACGUCUCGGUUCAAGACGGCAGCAAAGGCAGAGCAGCGACAUGAAGCGGAGAUUAAAGUCGAUCUGAGAUGUUUCUGUAGAUAAAACCCUUCGUUCCUCUACUUGUUCUGUUGGUUGUGAUAUUUUUAGAGCAACACCAAAACCUAGAAGCACAUUCUCUUUUUCAGUCACGCCCUUUUCCAUCUUUUUAACAUCUUGUUUUUUGGCUUGUUUCAAGUAGUUGAACAAUGUAGAGAAGCGUUUACGCUUUCAGCCAACUGGGAUCCUGCCUGAGCGCGCGCGAUGUUACCUUUUUCUUUUUUCUGUGUUUGGUGAAUCCUGGGGGAAUGUAGAGAGAGACUACACCAAAUGUUGUACAGUGUCGACAAACGGCUUUGGAGGCGUUGGUUUAGACGAGAGGAAAGAGUCGGUAUGGAAACCAAUAAAGCACUUGUCCUCCACAGACGAGGACAUCGUUUUCUUUAUUCCUUUCUUUUGUGUUUUUGGCUCAAAACAAAUGUGCUUCAUGGAGAAACACGUCGGUACCGUCGCCGUACUGGACCCCCGUCUCCUGCUAAAAUCAUCACUGUGCGCUUUUGUUUCCCCCGACACGAGGACCGGUGGCAGACACGCUGGAGUGGACAAACCCGGAGGAGAUUUGUGGAGAAGGCAUGAUGGACUUUGCUAGGACAGAGACUUGCAUCACAUUUAAACGGCAACAAAAAAAAAUUCCAAAACCUUUCCCAAAAAAUUAGCAACGACGCAGAAAUCUUUUGUGUAGUUUAUUUUUGUAUUUUAAAGCUUUUUUUUCCGCUCCUGUGUGUAUCUGUAUGUUUGCAUUUUAAAAGAAGACGUUGUUUUUUUAACUGUUGUUCAUCCACGUAGUUUGUGUUGGUGGCAGGAGGGGUGGCUGUGUCGAGGUUGCCACUAUAUUUUUAAGAGUCGGUUGUAUGUUCUUGUUCAGAAGGCAAAGAAGACGUGUAUUUGUUCCAAGUAGAACCGCAGAGGUUAUAGGACUGAAGGGAACGUCGCAGUGGACCCAGGGAGAGGAGAGGUUUUUUGUUUUUUUAACUUUGUUUACUUUAAGUUGAUGUGUUGCUUCAUUUGCCAAACAGAAUUUUCUGGUCAGGAGGAAAGUCACCAUCUGAUCUUGGAUCCUUUUCCUCCUCUACCCCCAAUCAGACGCUUUGUAUGCUCGCGAAUCUUUCAUUUUUAGAAUGACAAAUUAUAUUAGUAGGCUUACUGUCCCUCACUCUAUUGAUGUAUGUGAAUCCAUUUAUUUUGUUUUUCCUCCCGCGGCUCCGUGUGUCAGACUACAGCUGGAGCGCUAAGCUAACUGUGACCUGUUUGAUGUCUGGGAAGGAAACUCGCAGCCGGAGUGUACUCACCUGUAAAUUAGUUGGUUCAUAGAGCAAGAAUAAAACAACACCAAAAGAAAAAAACAUCUGGGCCUUUUAUAUAAUUACCUGUAACAAACUUUUUACAUGUCUGUCAUCUCUGGAUUGCCUUUCAUGUCUUUACUUAUAAAAGAUUCAAAUAUAUAUAUAUAUGAAUAUAUUUAGUCUCCCUGAUGGUUCUGAUUUGCUUCUCUGUAGGAGAGCUAGGCCGGUUCCGGUCCAGACCUGUGAAGGUGGGGGGUUCUGACUGGACACGAGUAGAACUGUUAGUAAGGGCCGACUGGGACGAUGACACGAGCGGGCAGAGCCAAGGCCGCCUCCUGAGCCUCGGGUUCAGUUUGGGACUUCUCGAUUUCUUUCUAGAAACAAACGUUCUCUUCAUAUGCAUUCAUGAGUUUGUGCGUGUCGGUGUGUCGAGCAAAACUAGACAUGCAUGCAAAAGCGGUGUAUUUUCGUAGUGAUGCCUUAAGUUAGACCAUAAGCUGAAGCUUCUCAAGAAAAAAAAACAAGAAAAAGGAAAAAAAAACAUUUAAUGAGUUUGUUCUUCUCCAUGUGGUAUACAGUUGUGUCCUUUCCCUCCACAGUACCUUUGCUGGGUCACUAUUUUUGCACCCUUGUUAGAUAGGUCAUCAUCAGCAGUGCCGAGGUCUCUGAGCCCCCCCACACUGGGACGAGUGCCCCCCUCAGCACUCACAGGUGUUGCGAGGAGUUUCUCUCGGCUGUUUGCAGGUUAUCUGGAAAUGUCCUGUAUUUUCCAAUGUGUGUUUUUUGUACUGUAGGGAGUAAUGUAUCUUUUAUCAUCAAAAAAUAAACAUGUUAAACAGAAA